AUGUUCUCUGUGAUCUUGAUGGAUGUGGAGUUCCACACCCACGGGAUCUCUGGGUGCGGAAAGCUCCAUACCCUCCAUAAGGAGGUCUCCGUCUCUGUAUCUCAAUUCAAUUUUAUUUUAACGUUUUUAAUCUCGUCUGAUUUUAAUGUCAUUUUGUUCCUCUCGUUGCAGCGAAAUAACAUACGCAUGAACGACAAUGUUCUGCAAACCGCCCACGAGUGUGAUGUCGCGAAGGUUGUCUCGUGCCUCUCCACCUGUAUAUUUCCCGAUCGGAUAUCUUAUCCAAUAGAUGAAACUAUGGUUCAUAACGGACCACCACAUCCCUCGAAUUACGGUUACAGUUACGCCAAGCGACUGAUAGACAUUGCUAACAGAGGUUACUACGAUCAGCACGGCAGAUUGUACACCAGUGUCAUUCCUUGUAACAUAUUCGGCCCGCACGACAAUUUUCAACCCGCCGCCAGUCACGUGAUACCUGGUUUAAUGCGACGACUUUACGACUUGUGCAAAGAUGGUGGAAACACAGAGGACAAGGUGUUUACUGUAUUGGGCUCUGGUAAACCUUUGAGGCAAUUCAUCUACAGCAUGGACUUAGCAAAAUUAAUAAUUUGGGCGCUGCGUGAAUACGAUUCUGUGGAACCAAUCAUACUGUCAGUGGACGAAACGCAGGAGAAGUCGAUAGCACAGGUGGCGGAGACGCUGGCGCGAGCUUUCGACUUCAAGGGCCGGAUAGCGUACGACACAUCGGCAGCGGAUGGACAGUACAAGAAAACGGCGAGCAACGCAAAGUUACGAAAGUACUUGCCUGACUUUGAGUUCACGCCUUUCGAGCGAGCGAUCAAAGACACUGUUGAUUGGUAUAUAAAAAGCUACGAUCAAGCGAGGAAUUGAAGUAGUGGGAGUUGUAAGAGAGUUUUCAUUAAUUUUAUACCUCAAAAAACUUUAUAUAAAGUUUUACACCUCAAGAUAUACUCCAAUUACAGGUUCAUUGUAAUUCGAACAUGAUACUGAACAACGAUUAUUUGUUAAUUACUUAUGAAUAAUAAGACUGAAAAGUUGUUGACGGAUGGC